AUGACAAAUAUGUUUCCUUUGUUUUCUAUGAUAAAUAUUAGUAGUGGUGGUAGUGGUGGUGGUCAUAGUGGUGGUGGUAGUAGUGGUGGUGGUCAUAGUGGUGGUGGUAGUAGUGGUGGUAGUAGUGGUGGUAGUAGUGGUGGUAGUAGUGGUGGUAGUGGUAGUAGUAGUAGCAGUAGCAGUAGCAGUAGCAGUAGCAGUAGCAGUAGUAGUGGUGGUAGUAGUGGUGGUAGUAGUGGUGGUGGUGAUGGUAGUAGUGGUGGUGGUGAUGGUAGUAGUGGUGGUGGUAGUGGUAGUAGUGGUGGUGGUAGUGGUAGUAGGGGUGGUGGUGGUAGUAAAGCUAUUCCACCACGAGCAAACAAUGAUUAUUAUGUAGCAAAAUUAAACCCCGAGAACUGA